AUGAGGGUGCGGACAGUAAAAGGACAAGAUUACUAUUCUAAAACAGGAGCAAAAUUCCAUGGAAAAAUGGAACAAAAAUUUAUUCUUGUUGACUGUAAGAAAGUCAUAUAUGGUUCUUACAGCUUUAUGUGGUCAUUUGAAAAAACCAACCUCAGUAUGGUUCAAGUUAUCACAGGACAGCUGGUUGAAUCCUUCGAUGAAGAGUUCAGAACACUAUAUGCCCGUUCUUCUGUUCCUAGUUCAUUUGCCCCAGAAUUAGUGCGGGUAAACAGUCGCAGGACACUCUGGGAUAAUGAUACAUACCAACACUCAGUGUCUUCCUUGGCUUCAGUUUCUAGCCAAAGAAACCUUUUUGGUAGGCAAGACAAGGUUCACAAGAUAGAUCCUGUUUGUUGGAAAACUCGUGGAAGAUAUGCUGUAAAUGAAAUAGAUAAAUAUGGCUUGAGAAAUCAAUCCUAUAACAAACAGCCAUUUCAUCCAGGUUUUAAUAUGCAAAAUCCAAUCCAGUAUCAACCUAGUGAAAAAAAUGAGCACUGGAAGAGACAUAGUUAUGCUGGGGAAAAACCAGAAAGGACACCUUACCUAUUGCUCAACAGAGCUAUUAAUAGAGCCAACAAUGCAUCAAAUACUUGGAAAAUGGCAUCUGAUAGCCUUAGUAUUGUUUCUUCGUUACGAGGAGGAUAUGCAAAUAACUACAAUACACCCCAGCAAAGUUUUGCUGAUCAGUUUUCACGACCAAAGGUAAAUCUUGCAGAAAGAAACUCAAUUGUACGGAGGUCUUUUAAUGGGACAGAUAACCAUAUCCGCCAUCUGCAACAAAGGAUGCCAACCCUCGAACACACAACGAAAUCAUUCCUACGUAACUGGAGAAUUAAGUCAUAUUUGAAUGAUCAGUCAGAUUAUCCAGUAGAGUCUAAUGGAUCGGCCUUAGGUGACAGAUAUGAUAGCUAUGACACACCUGAAAACAUUAAAGCUCAUGCGCUGUAUUCUCAUUCUCGCUUACGAUCAUCAUUGGUAUUUCAGCCAACUUUACCUGAACAGCAGGAAGUAAGCAGCUGUGCAAGUUCUUCAAAUUCAACUAUAAUUGGGUCAGAGGGAAGUGCAACACCUAAAGGGACAUCUAAUCAUGCUCCAAGUGUGGAAAAUGGAACAGAUAAUAUUUUAGAAGAGCCUAGCACAAACAUCCCACCUAAAUCAGAUGCACCAACACCCCCCAGAAUUCAUAUUGCAGACAAUACAAAACCUAGUGUAAAUUCAAAUGCAGCAGGUGACUCAUCUGUCUACUUGUACACAACACUGUGUGCAGACAAGCAUGUGGAAAAUUUGAAGAACCUUCAAAAUGAAAAUAUGCUGAAAAGGAGAAGUUUUCCCAUGUUUAAUUCAAAGUCCAUGUUAGACCCUGGUGCCAACAAACAUGCAUCCAAUUACGUUUACAGCACAUUAACUAGGCAUAGACUUAAGCAACCAGUUAGUCCAAAACUGCCAGAAGACAUGCUGAAGAGUGCUAAAAGUUUGCACAGUAUGACCAACCACUUGCCACAGGAGGAAAAGAACCUCAAAGAAGAGUUAAAGAGCCCAACUGCUAGCAAGGCAAUCUCUGUGGCUGCUCUCACUGAACCUGUCAAGGAGGAGUCUAGUAAGGACUGCACAUCAAAGAAAGAAAGUAAGAGUUCCCCAAGUUUUCUAAAGAAAGGAUCCCAGAAAUUGCGGUCACUUCUUAAUCUCACACCAGACAAGAAAGAAAACUUGUCAAAAAGCAAAGGUCCUGCAUUUUAUAGAAUGUGUAGUAGUUCUGAUACCUUGGUUUCUGAAGAAGAGAAUCAAAAACCAAAGAUUUCUGAGAAUAAGACAGAUUCUUCCCCAAGGAGAAAGAGAAAUACAUCAUCACAUUCUCAAGGUAGCUUGAACAGAAGUAAAGAAGAUGUUACUGGGAGCCCAACAAAGUCUCCAAAGUCUCCAAAGUCACCAAAACCUCAAAAACCUCCAUCUGAUGAAAGCAAUAAAAAGUGUCCUCUCUUGUGCCCCCUUGAAAGUAAAUUCAUAGAAACUGCAGGAGAUCCAUCUACCCCAAGAUUUAAUACAGAACAGAUUCAGUAUCAAGAUGUAAAAGAAACCACCACAAAUACUACUCCUGAAAGUGCCCCUGUUUCUGCUCUUCAAAGAGCAAGUUCAGUGACACCACAGCUGGCAAGCUCAAAAUGCCAAGAGGAGCUAAGAUCUCGUUUGAGUGAAAGGCGUGUUUAUAGUCGCUUUGAGCCAUUCUGUAAGUUGGAAAAUUGUAGCCAACCUACAGGAAAUGUACCCAACAGCAGUUUACAUCUCUCAGAUAUCAAAAGCAAGACCUUAGGGAAUAAUUACGGCAGAAGUAAUCACAUGGUCAGCUACAACUCAGCUGCUUAUCAUCCAUUGCAGCCUAAUGAAAAUAAGCUGAGAGGAUUUAUGCAAAAGUUUGGGAAUUUACUACACAAAAGCAAGUAA